GCAAUCGGUCUUGUACACAAGCCUCUCGAGUGGAAAAUCGUAAAUUCUGCAAGGCUCAAUCCAAUUGAGUACCUGAUCGAGACCGGCAUUAGCUGCGAAAGUAGUUUUGGUCGCUCACGAAUCAAUCAUUGGGCUUCAAUGGAGGGGCCAAUGCGCAUUGGUCCUUCUGUUCAUGCCCUUCGGCAUUCAUGGACGUUGGAAUCAAACCCCCCGCUGAGCAUGGCUUCUUUUCAGGCGUCCCACGCUUCAGACCAGCAGCUGUGGCUGCCCGUCUCAUUCCCCAUGCCGCCUGCCGAAAGGCCGACAAGCCUCCCUGCUUCUCUUUUCCAGUUCCCCACCUCCGACUCUAGCAGCUCAGACUUCACAUUCUCGUCAGGGGUCCAGCCCCAGAUUCGUGGACCCGGUGCGCGCUUAGAAAAGAUCAACGAGUUCCAUGAUGAGUCUUCUGAGUACGACACCGACAGCAGCUCAGACGGUCAAGAGUCGCUGUUCUCAGAGUCAUCAGAGGGCACUCUGUCCAUGCCGGUGCGGCCACUGCCGUCGGCAGCCAGCCUAGAGGCCCUGACCAUGCUGGAGGUAGAGCAGAGUGGCACGGCAGACAAGUCACUGUCGGAGACACUGUGGGGGACGUCAAUGAAGUUAGUGGCACAGAUUCUGUACCACCCCCUCAUGCUGUGCACCGCCACCGCCAGUCUCUCCCAGUUGGCGUUCCAGGCGUUCAUUGCGGACCAGAUGUUUGUGCUGCGCCAGCUGACAGCAAUGCUGGAGGAUGGACAGCUCACAGCAGAAAGAGGGGCUCUCAUACAGUUGCAGUCCAAGUUGCAAGGAAUGAUCAUGCUCCAGGCUGAGCCCAGCCGGGGGGCUCAGGCUAUUGCUGCCACCUUUUGCGCCCCAUCUGCCCCGUCCCUCGCGUCAGGUCUGGCAGUUCUCAAGGUCAGGGCUUGGGCCGCAGCGAACCUGAGCAAGGCGUGGGGGGAGCACAAGGACGGCUGUACUUUCCAUACCUACGUGGCCGCCUUUGCUGCAGAGGACGUGCAGAGUGCUGUGGUUGGACUCGAGGCCUACUUGGACACCCACGCCAGCGGCGCAUUGCCCUCCGACAUCGGCGCCAUCAAGGAGGCCUAUGCCGGCGCCCUGUCUCUGGAGUUCGACCUCUUGACCGACACCCAGGCCCUUUACUGUGCUGCCCCUCAGCCCGGCCCGGCCCCCUUCUUUUCUGAGCCCGCCCCCGGCCCCGUUCCUGUCGUGUUUGCAACCGACUUCGACGUCACUUGCACGCUGGAGGACUCCAGCGAAACCCUGAUGCACUUGGCUGCGGCGGCCGCAGGGGCGCAGGCUGAACAGGCGUGUCGGGAGACGGGGGGCAGUGCUGAUGAGUGCGCGGUAGCCUGGGAGGAGGCGGCAAUGGGGGUGCGCAGCCGAUGGGACCACGUCCUGGAGCGCUACAGCAAGAACCUGCAGGCCGUGAUCGAGGACAUUCUCAAUCCCAUGGGGGAAGGAAAAGCCGCCAAACUGCCCCCCGCUGCCAUGGACAUCACCCUUCCAGAGCCCAGCUCCCUCGGCCUUCCUGCACCCAUCGAUGUGCCGGUUCCAUUCGCAGCCCCCAUGAUGCAGAUCGAGUUGCCCUCCCCAUCCACCUCUUCAGAACCGUCAGAGUCCCCGCGAUUCCCCAGCCUACACCAGGCCGCUAGCCAGCCCAACUUGGCUUCUUUCGGAGCCUCGCAGCGAAACCCCAUUGCCCGCAGCCCAUCGGAGCCGUCUGAGCUGGGGCAAAGGCUCAAGGCGCCUUCGCGUGCGUUUGACAUUGACAGCGGGGCGGCAGUCCCUGGCAUGAGCGGCGAGAAGCGGCCGUUCGACCCUGAGGGGCUGCGCGCAGCACUGGAGCGGCUGGGGGCUCUUGAAGGGUCGACCAACACGGAGGUGGAGGCAGCGGGGGUGCUGCGGGGGGUCACAGCAGACAAGGUGUUUGCAGCCGCUGCGCAGGAGGUGAAGGUCCGCCCUCACGUAGGCAGUCUCCUGACGCGUGUCCAGCGCGAGACGGGCCAGCCCAUCCACGCGCUGUCUGCGAACUGGUCUGCUGACCUCAUCAAGGGCGCGCUCUCGUCGUCCAUUGCGGCUGCGGGCGGAGCUGAGCAGGCCCUCCUGGUGCACUCCAACAACCUGGCCUUCGACGCCCACGGUGUUUCCAGUGGGAUGAUGCGCCGCGCAGUCGUCUCGGCCCCUGACAAGCUGCGCGUCCUUGAGGGCCUCGUCGCCGGCACGUUUGCUUCCGACCCGGCCUUUCAAAGCCGAGAAGCGCUGCCGUUUGCGCACUCGGAGGUUGGACACAGUGGGCGCCGGCCUUUCACCAUCUAUUUGGGUGACGGGAUCACGGAUCUGCUGGCUCUACUAGCCGCGGACCUGGGUAUUGUGGUUGGGCACAGCUUCUCGCUCCGCAAGAUUUGCGCGGCGUACGGGGUCACGCUGCGGCCACUCGUGGCGGCGUCGGUCGAGAUGUCGCGGCUGACGGCGCGGGACAGCUGGAGCGGGCGGUGGAACGGGGUGUUGUACGAGACGUCGGGGUGGGAGGAGGUGGAAGCCUGCAUUUUUGGGAGCGUGCGGGAUUGAUCGACAAGGGGUGGUAUUUAACGGAAAAGAUGAUAUAGCGUCGUCUUUUUCGUCUUUUUGUAGCAUAGAGUUCAUGAGCGGGCCUCGAAAUGUAGGUCACACAUAUUGAUAGCUCGCCUGGAAUACGAACGUCGAGAUGAACCAAGAAGUCAACCACCCGCGACUACCUCCUGCGGUGCGCUGAGAGAGGCAGAGUUGAUUUUAAAUCAUUAUUGAGGUUGAUGUUUACUCAAUCGCUCGAGACGUGACGCAGACGUAACGCACGAGCUGAAAGGACCAUCAUCUUCUGAACACGUCUCUUAUAUUAGAAUAAGCAAAGUUUGCCUCUCCUUGAUGUAGUAUAUAAUCGAACCGUCUGGGUGGCAGUUUUGCAUAUAGCUGAGAGUGGCAUACGUUAGUCUAGCUCGGCCGUUUUACUGACUGAAUAAUGGUGGCCCUCGGCGCACAAUAAGGAAGUGCAU